UGUGCUUAUUGAAAUAUGUAAUGCUACAUAUCUGUGUAUUAGAUAGAAAAAAAUGUGAUAUAGUUUACCAAUUUAUAAAAAGUAUUUUCUAAGUAAAUUAAUAGGGGACAUGUACCGUUGAUGCAAAGAUUCAAGUAAAAAAGACUGAUAGUAUAAGGAUAUAUAAGUAGAAAUUCUUAUUGGUUGACUUAAGAAAGAUAUAGAGUAAUGGCUGAAGAAGGACCGCAAUUGAAGAAGUUGAAGCAUUCUGUCAUCUCUGAUUUUAUUCAUUCUUCAAAUUUUCAACGGUCUUUCCUUGAAAAUUGGCACAAUUCUGUAGAUAUAAAGACAGACAACCUUGAAAUUAUAUCAAAACCUUUCAGAGUAUGCAGAAUCUCAAACUUUCUCUGCAACGAAGAGUUCAUGGAUGAGAUCAAGAAUGAAUUGUUGGAUGUUAAAAGUAGAAGAAACAGUAUAGACCUUUAUCAGUUUGAACAAACUAGCGAUCUAGCUAGUAUCGAUACAGAAAACCUAAAAUUAUUGUACGAAACCUUUCAAACAGAUCUGGCAACCUGGAUGCAACGAAACACCAAGAUAGAGCUUAAUAAGAAAAUCUCCAUGUCAAGUUCUUGUUACUAUGACACAGAUUACCUACUCUGUCAUGAUGACAACAUGGGUGACCGGAGAAUUGCUUUUAUACUGUAUCUUUCUAAAAACUGGACAACAAAAGAUGGUGGAGCUUUGGACUUGUUUGACACAGAUGAGAAUGGAUUGCCUAGAAAUGUUGUCAAAUCGUUGAUACCAGAAUACAAUUCCCUUGUAUUUUUCGAAGUUGUCGACAAUUCUUAUCACCAAGUAGCUGAAAUAACAUCGUCAGGCAAAUCACGUUGGUCUAUCAACGGUUGGUUUCACGGACCACUCAGAGAAAGUAGCAAACCACCGAGACCAGAGAUCGAGCCGAAUUACAUACAGCCAACCGGCGAUCGGAUAAACCUGAACAAUUGGGUAACAGAGUGCUACUUGUUUCCUGGUAUCGUCAAAGAAAUUCAACAAGACAUGGAGCAGGAAUCGUUCGCAUUUUUGUCGAAUUUUUUAAAGGACGACAUCUACGAGAAACUCGCCACAGACUUAAUGUCCGACACGAUCGUCUGGCAGAAAAUUGGUCCAGCUGAUACUCGCAACUACGAAGUAGCACAGGAAGGAACGUUGCCGGAAUUGUUGAAAAAUUUCUACAACAUGUUCAAAUCGAUCUCGAUGUUUCAAUUAUUGAAAGACUACACGGAAUUAGACCUUGUUCCGGAGAAAGAAACCAUGAAUCCAAAAAUGGUUAUAGAGCUUCAAAGGUGGUCUAGCGGUUGUUACACUUUAAUAUGUGAUAAGUCGAUAUCGAACGAGUCUGCCGCUGCUCUGACCGAAAAGAAAUCCAAUAUCAACGGGUGCAUAAGUCAGAGCGAAGAAACGCAGGAAGAUUCACUGGCAACGUCUAGCAAAGGUAACAAAGAUGGUCAGAAAAAGUCGAUAGCCAACAACGAGAACAAGAUCGCGGAAUCAGGUUGCAACACUCCGGUGAGCAACAAGGAGGACGAGGACAUCGACGAAGACGAGAUAUUGAAGAAGAUCAAAGGGAAAUCACCACGAUCGAAGAAGAAGAAUUUAUCUCAACAGUCGACCUUCUCGAAGGUGGAGAAUCUUUCGCUUUUAGACACGGACGAUUCAGACGUGUCCGAUAUCGGCGAUUAUUUGUCGGAUCCUUUGGACUGUUCUUUGGAAUGUUCCGACCAAGAAGAAGACAUGGACGACGGGAAUGUCUCGGAACCGGGUGCCCUCGACGUGAUAAUACAAUUUCACACGAUCAACGUUCCCGAGGAGGACACCAUAGAUUACGUGGAUCCCAAAGAGCAAGAAGGCGCGCUAAUUCACGUGCCGGCAAAGGACAAUCACCUUUGUCUGGUAUACAAAACGCUGGGCACAUGUCGUGUCCAUAAAUACGUGAAUCAUUAUUGUACAGAUUACUUUUACAAUCUGAUUUGUACAUACUGCGAAUAGUAAUUGCAUACGCGACACGUGUCGUCUCGUAUUUUCCUCGAACGAGUUGACAAUUGUAUAAUGAAUCGCGGAC